AUUGCCACGGCUACAGGGGGGUGGUACCAAAAACCACUCAGCCACAUGGCUUCAAGUCGACUCACAGAGUCUGACCAUCAUUUGCGAAACAUUUCCAUUUAAACAUUCUCGCCUUGUUUUUUUUGAUUAUUGUAAUUUAUAAAUUGGCUUUUCUCUUGUUGUGGAAACACCACUAAUAUAUUAUUAUCAAUGAUGAGUGCAAUCGAAGACGAUGACAUUGAUGAAACUGUCUUGGAAAGACUUUAUGGUUUGACCGAAAUGUUUCCCGAUUGUGUACGGAAUGCAUCUUAUUCUGUCGUCGAUGGUACAAUUAGAGCAGUUAAAGCUGGAUAUCAAUUUAGUCGUAAUUCAGUUUGGGUUACAUUUACAUCAAGCAUUGUGCUGUUUGGACCAAUUUGGGUAGAAAUAGAAAGAUCUACCAUUGAAAAAGAACUACAAAGACAGUUAUUACUUGGACCCCGUGGGUGAUGUUCUAGCAUAUUAUUAGUAUUUUGAUAUUUUGAAACGAACCGUAGCUGAUUAAAUGCAUGAAACUUUAAUCAAUUUUGUGUUUAAUUUAAGUCGAUCCAUUAAAUAUGUUCGCGUAAUCAUAA